UUAUUCCCUUGCGUAGAAUUGUCCCACCACUCAUUUUGCCAUCUCCGCCCGCAAAUAGCAAAAGCUAGACGAGGCGGGCGGAGAGGAAAGGUUACAGCAGUAAUAACGUUAACAGAUAAUAUUGUACAGUAACUAAAUAAACUAUGUGGAUAAAUACGAAUUACAGAAAAACAAGCUAAAGUUACAAAAUAUAUAGUCUUACAGAAUGAUAUUACUAUCAAAUUUACUACUAACAGAACCUAUCGAUUAUUAGUGCAUUGAGCCGAGGAUGCAAAAUUUGCCAUUUUUUGUAGGAGAAUGGGCACAUCAACAUAAUCGUCCUCUGCUUCCAUUAUCGAGAGCAAAAAGUCAUGAAAAAAAUUUUUUUAAAAGCUCCUUUGGAGAGUUGACGAAAUUCGUUAGGAAUUGCGUUCCAAAGUUUAGCUCCAAACCUGGAAAAAGAAUCUUGAUUUAGAUUCAGUCUUGAAGUUUGGACAUGAUAAUUUCCAGACGAAGAACUAACCUAGUCUCAUGCUCGUGCUUUGAAUUAGCUAUAGUGAAGAAAUCACAGAUGUUAGACGGAGCAUUCAUGCAGGACACGUCAAACGUUUGAGGGAAGAAAUGACUUGUUUUCUAUUCUUUUUGUCGUUAAUUAGCUAUUUAUUCAAUUCCAGGUGUUCUUCAUAUUGUUUAAAUUUUCAGCAAAGAAUGCAUGAUAAUAAUUCUUUUUACUCAGCCGAGUAAGGGCCUGUUUACAUGGAGGUGGGGGACCCCAGGUAGGUGAGGUAACCCGCCUGUCCAUAUAAUCUCUCAUUUUAAUUUGAUCACGUUUACAUGAUAGGUGGGGUGACCCGCCGCAUGUUACCUCACCUAUCUGGGGUCCCCCACCUCCAUGUAAACAGGCCCUAAGACUACAAAUUUUAUUUCUGUAUAUUUUAUAAUUUACAAGAUCACCCGAUUGGAGGAGAGAAUCCUUUACUUUGAUGGAUUUUCUAACGCUACCCGUUAUCCAUGGUUUAGAGAACUGCUUAAGCUGGCGAUUCGAAACAGUGUUUGUCAACGAGUGCCAAUAGUGUAUUUUAAAAGUAAGAAAAAGCUGUAUCGACAUCAAACUGAUCGCUAAAGUUAGUUUGGCUUACCAAAUCAUCAGAGAGUUCAGAGUUGAACUUGCUCCUGGAAUAACCAGAAAUGUCUCAGCGUGUUUGCUUUCCGGGUUUUGGCCUCUGAAUAAAAUUGUGAGAAAUACAGAAUUGUGAAUAGUGAUCACUUAUGUCAGAGAUAAUAUUCCGACCGUAAUUUCAACAUCAACUUUGUUUGUUAGAAUAUUAUCAGUUAGGGUGGCUGAGGUAUUGUAAACACGUGUUGGUUUGUCAAUAGUUGGGAUAGAUGAAAAGCUUUGAAGAGAAAGUAAGAAGUCCUGAGCAUAACAGGAAGUUUCGACAUGAAGGAGGUUUGUGUUGAAGUCGCCCAUAAUAUAUAUUGAUUUGUUUGAGGUAAUUAGUCUUUCAAGUUUAUCAUCAAAAUAUUCUUGGAAACGUUUGGGAGCGUUAUGUUGUCUAUAUAUCAUACCACAAAUGAUGUUACUUUUCUGCGGAAGUUGGAUUUCGAUCUAAAGUGACUGGAAGGCUUCAUCAGAUACUUUUUCAAUCAUAUUUCAGGGAAUCAUUGAUAUACAAGCCAACACCUCCAGAAGCUAGAGAUGUCGGCACAUCCAGGUAUGCUUGGAUUAAAAUCCAUUUCUUUACCGCUGAUUAUUUUACUUUCUGAGACUCCUAUAAUGCUAAAUUCGAACUUUAACUCGUCCAAUAGAUAAACUUGAAAGUUUUCAAGGUGUCGCUUAAGACUCCUGAUGUUAUUAUGUAAAAGAGAGAAGCUUGAAUCACUGACACGACUGGAAAGUUCACUUUUAAAUUUGUAGAAACUAUAUGGGGAAUAGUAUCGACUAUGAAUACAAUGAUUAUAGAGACUAUCACCCGGAUUGGGGUCUUCUAAGUGACUGGAAGGCUUCAUCAGAAACUUUUUCAAUCAUAUUUCAGGGAAUCAUUGAUAUACAAGCCAACACCUCCAGAAGCUAGAGAUGUCGGCACAUCCAGGUAUGCUUGGAUUAAAAUCCAUUUCUUUACCGCUGAUUAUUUUACUUUCUGAGACUCCUAUAAUGCUAAAUUCGAAAUUUAACUCGUCCAAUAGAUGAACUUGAAAGUUUUCAAGGUGUCGCUUAAGACUCCUGAUAUUAUUAUGUAAAAAGAGAGAAGCUUGAAUCACUGACACGACUGGAAAGUUCACUUUUAAAUUUGUAGAAACUAUAUGGGGAAUAGUAUCGACUAUGAAUACGAUGAUUAUAGAGACUAUCACCCGGAUUGGGGUCUUCAAAGUGACUGGAAGGCUUCAUCAGAUACUUUUUCAAUCAUAUUUCAGGGAAUCAUUAAUACACAAGCUAAUACCUCCAGAAGCUAGAGAUGUCGGCACAUCCAGGUAUGCUUGGAUUAAAAUCCAUUUCUUUACCGCUGAUUAUUUUACUUUCUGAGACUCCUAUAAUGCUAAAUUCGAAAUUUAACUCGUCCAAUAGAUGAACUUGAAAGUUUUCAAGGUUUCACUUACGACUCCUGAUAUUAUUAUGUAAAAGAGAGAAGCUUGAAUCACUGACACGACUGGAAAGUUCACUUUUAAAUUUGUAGAAACUAUAUGGGGAAUAGUAUCGACUAUGAAUACGAUGAUUAUAGAGACUAUUACCCGGAUUGGGAUCUUCAAAGUGACUGGAAGGCUUCAUCAGAUACUUUUUCAAUCAUAUUUCAGGGAAUCAUUAAUACACAAGCUAACAUCUCCAGAAGCUAGAGAUGUCGGCACAUCCAGGUAUGCUUGGAUUAAAAUCCAUUUCUUUACCGCUGAUUAUUUUACUUUCUGAGACUCCUAUAAUGCUAAAUUCGAAAUUUAACUCGUCCAAUAGAUGAACUUGAAAGUUUUCAAGGUUUCGCUUAAGACUCUUGAUAUUAUUAUGUAAAAGAGAGAAGCUCGAAUCACUGACACGACUGGGAAGUUCACUUUUAAAUUUGUAGAAACUAUAUGGGGUAUAGUAUCGACUAUGAAUACGAUGAUUAUAGAGACUAUCACCCGGAUUGGGGUCUUCAAGUGCGUUUAGCCUGAAAAGCCGGAUUAAGGUCAUAAAUGCUAGAGAGUUUUUCUAGGUAUUUUUUGGCGGACAAAUGGGAAGGUAAACAAUUAUUAAAUUGACCAUGAGCUAAGUUUACUUUUAAUCAAAAACACGGGAGCUAACCGAAUAAAGAUAGAGUAUCGCGAGAGUUUUGAUCGUUAGCACUCAUGAAUAGAACUAACUAAAGUAGAUCAUAGUAAAUACUUGUCGAACUGAUAAUGUCAGGUCUCCGAGAAAAAUCGCUGUAGACUAUCAAUGUCCGUUAUCUUUAUUGGUCGGGAACCCUUACUCUUGCGUAAAUAAAUCGUGGAAUUCUUGGCCCAGCAGAAGCGGUAUUGGACUGGUUCUGUUCUUUAAAUCUCUUCGCUUCAAACAACAAGUGUUGUUUUUUGGGGGUGAGGUGAUCGAAGAUUCUGACUCUGUCAAGAACGCUAUCAGCAGACAGACCGAUAUUUGAUGGGUUGACUUGAGGGGCACUUUGUCGAGUUUCCAUGACACUUGCUUUUGCAAGGCGUCUUACAAAUUUACAGAUGAUCGGUUUCGGAGCGCCAUUUUGCUGCCUCGAGGGGACGCGAUGAAUAAUGUCAAUGUCCGACGGAAACACUUCUGCCCCCAUCUCCUGGAAUAAUUUUACGCACAGGGCGCUUGUUUCAGCUGCGGUUUCACUGCUUUUCUCCGUCAGGCCAAUUAAUAUUUUUACAUUAAAUUGGUAGCUAUAUUCCUCAACCUCGUCAAUGGCGUUGCCAACACGUGAGACUUCAGCGCUAAGCUUAUUAAGACGACGGCUUAAUGCCUUGAGUUGAUCAACGACACCAGAAUUAGACGCCGACAGGUCGUUGUAUUCAUCGCUCAGGGAGUUUAAUAUACGGAGACUACGGACUACGAACUACGGCUGGACGAACGUUGUCCUUUGUUUGUAGCACUGGGUUGAGUCGUGCAAAUAUAGAACGUUAAGAUUGCACUACAGACAGUAGACUACGAGAGAGGAGGCGGAGAGGGAAACAACACGCAAAGAUUUUCUUUUUUUCAUCACAGUUCACAAAAAAGUCAGUUUUGCAUGUGAUCUUAUCUUUAGAACAAUGAGCAAAUUCUUCCAUGCUUGAAGGAAGCAAUUACGUCGGGUGAAAUUAGUGAACAAAGUUUUGGUUUAGGUUUUAUUUUUUCGCCCAUCAAUACUUAUGUCAGAUAUUAAAGAAAUAGACAGAAAUAGUAAUAGCUCAUUUAUUAGAUUUAGAAGAUGGACUUCUCCGACUACUGAUCUGAUGUAGUUUGAAGUAUUGAAAUGCCGAGUUUCGAUUGUCUCGAAGAUGUUUACAUCAUUUUCAUUCAGCAAAUGCGAUACAAAAACUCGCGUAAACAAAGGUUACACAAGUGGAAAGACACACUAAUCAGUUCGAACAAACAUUGAAACUUUUCAAGUGCGAAGAGAAAGUAAAUCACCUGCAUGAUUUCUCUUCUCCUCGGCCGUGAAUCUGAAUUCUGCGUAUAAACAGCUAAGCUUAUUUAAAUAUGAGCUUAGCUAGGUAAAAAUAUAGUCACAACAGUAGAUUAAAAGCGUAAAUCUGAGCAGAAAUUAAACAAAACUUACAUAUUUCGCUUCCCUCUCACUUAAAGCAGGUGAAUUGAAAACGUUUUUACGAAAAGACGAGAUCCUUGAAUUACCGAGACGGCAAAAUGCGAGCAAAAUGUUCUCCGUAGUCGCGACUACGCGAAACAGCUCAACAACUCACCGUAGCUGCAGGACUACGCGGGAAAAAUGAACGGUCACGUGGUUUUGAUCAUGCGCAGUAGCAUGUUUAACCGUAGUCGUAGUCCGUAGUCGCGGUAUCUUAAAUUCCCUAUUGUAGACUACGAGACACGGUUUCAUCAUUCGAAGCAUUAUUAUUGCUAUUGCCAGACGUAGCAGCUGCUUCAGCAUCAAAGGUAAUGGCCGAAUCGACCCGAACCUUCUCUUUCAGCUGCGUUAUUCCUUCGAAAGGGCGUCGACCUUAUCCUUUAAAUCUUGAUUUUGUUGCUUUAGUGAAGUAACUGACUCUUUUGGCAUUAUUUCAGUGAAAAUUAUUAACAAAAGGACAGUAGAAAAACGACUCAUUAAGGUAAGAAGCGGGAGCUCAAAAUUAAACGUCCAUCUUGGCUCCUUUAAAAAACCUCCAGAAACGUUGAGGAGAAAGUCCACAUUUUGGAAGUUUGAAUGCACCGUUCUUAGUAAAGGGUACAAAGAAAGUCAAUUUUAUAAGCUUACACUGAUUGUAGCGAAUGAGCCAUACACUGAUCAAUUGUACUUGCAAAAAUCGACUUGGUUUCUCUUCACUUCCUUUUACUUUGAUACCACAGUAUCUUAAGAGGUUCAAUUGAUCAAAAACACGCUAAAACAAACGAAAUUUGAAGACAAAACAGUAAAAUCCACUCAGCUUUCGCUUGUUCUCGUUGGUUUUUCCAGAUCGUACGGCGCAUGCGUGAAGCGUUGAAGUGGGAAACAUAUGUUCGGUCUCAGUCUUUUUCGUCCGAGUCGGCAGUCAAAUAUCUUCACGUCGGGCGAAGGAAGAUUCAAAUAUCCCCUCCCCUAGGAGAACAAGAUCAGUCAAAUGCCCUACCCCAGGGCCAACAAAGACAAUCAAAUCCCCACCCCAUGUCCUGCCUCCUCCGCCAGCAUAACGUUGGUAGGUGAAUGAAACAGACAAAAUUGAUAAUUUGAAUUUUUCUCUCUCAGCGCCGCGCUUCGCCUUUCUCGCGUGGGUUGAUUUUCACGCACCCUCGCGUUUCGCUCGCUCUAAUAUCCCUGAGGAAAAAUGGGGACUAGGCGUAGUCUAAAGUUAACGAAAAUUAGCCUAGUCGCUCACUCGCCUCAAGUGGGGUAACUAAAACGGCCAGAAAAAAACUGGACUAGUUUGUCAGCUUUUUGAAAGAGCAAGAAAAGUUCUAUGAUAUAUCAAAAGUACAUUGCUUGAUGUUAUCGUGUUUACCAGCACGAGGGAACAGCAAAAGCAUCAUUUUUGUCAAUUUUCAUCCGCGGUGGGAGGCCAAAAUGGCCGAUUUUCGACUUUCCUCGAUUUUGAAAAAAAUCGAGCGCUUUAGGAUCUUUUAAUUGUAUUUCGAAAAUAAAUUACUAAAGGCUUUAAUGGACAAAAUAUGAAAAAAUUGAAAAUUUCGAAACUGUUGAAGGAUUUUCGAUAUUUACAGAAACUGGCUCUUAAUACCGGAGAUCUCGCGCGCAAAGCGCGCGCAGCGGAGCACCAUCGGUAAGAAAAUGUGGUAAACUACCCAUCCGAGAAAAUUUAGUAAUCACGUGACCGUUCACCGACCGACCGACCGCCCGACCGCCCAUCCGCACUAGAGGCAUACCAAUGUAAAAAAGCUCAGUCAUCAGGUAUGGCAAUACAAAUGCAACUCGAGGUUAUUUUGACGGGAAGUCGGAUAGCUACUCGCGUCUUGUGAAGCAGAGACAACCAGAAAGUCAAUGAAGACGAAAACGGAAAGCGGAAAUUGUCUCUGUAUCCGUGUUUUCUAAAGUAUUAAGCUUAGAUUAAUUGUCAUGUCCACAAAUUUGGAAUAUAGAGCAAAAGAAAGACCGAGUAAAAGAGAAAGUAGGCGGUGGGCCAGCGAAGCUCAAAGAGAAAAAGGGCGACAGAGAUCUAGAGAGAGAGAAAAAAACAAAGGAGACAUUUUUUGUUGGACGAACAACAUGAAAAUUUUGUAGUGUUGGUAACAAAAUGAGAAAUGUAAGCGGCCACCAAUGCAAGGUGAAAAUGAGCGACAGUGAAAAAAAAGUGAACAAGAGAACGUGCUGUUUUGUGUGACAUUUCCUCCAUAAAACGUGUAACUAAGACGUUCCUGGAAGUUUCACGUUGUAGUCGUACAAAACAACGGCAAAGAAAUGUACAAAAAAAGUGUGCUGCAUGUGCAAAGUUGCUUUUUUGCUAAUUAGACCUAUUGUUGUUUUUCACCGUUCUCUGGCGUUGCCUUCGCCGCUUAGCACUACACGAUUUUAUAUUUUGUUUGAGCAAACUAUAAGCUUCGCUUUUAGCCCUGGCUAAAUCUAUAUGUUAAUAUAAUAUGUGGCAGAGUGUCUGAGGAAUGAAUAAUUCCUUUGGAUUAGAUAAUCCGUUGCAUGAAUAAUAGGAGAUGUCCCACUCGAGUCGGUAAAAAGAACACUUCUUAUAAAAUCCCUAUAUAUGUUACUCACCAUUUUCAGUGAGAGCGCACAUUGCAGAAGUUUCAAAAAAUAAAUCUAACGGGUCCCAUCUGUAAACAUAACGGUAGGUCAAGUUUUCGUAGUGAAAUACUAGCGUCAAUAAUCCCUUUUGAGAACAUUUUGGGGACGUGUUUUAGGGACACUGAACCCAAAAUCAAGGGACUAAAUCAAACCCAACUUCAGCGGAAUUCCCAAUAUAGAUCGACCAGCUGACGACCCCGAAGGCUUUCAUGUCCUGUUUUUGUAUGAGAGGCGAAGAGAACUCUGUGUAAUGACUGGAAUAUUUUGUUUCCGUCUUCUGUCUGCGCCGAUUUCUGCAAAAAAUAAUAUAGUGAUCUAGGCAUUUCUAGUGAUUUGUGUUCUGUAGAGAUCACUGGCAGUGACAUUCGGGGAAUAUCGGUGUCAUCGGUGGAUACUCGGCCAAACAGGCAAGAGGAACCGAAUGACCGAAUAUUUCCCGAUACGUCAGAAGUGUUCCCGAGUGAAAUUCAUCCGAUUGCUUCAAGUCGAUUUCGCCUCUCAACAACGUCUGAAUCGACCGGCCGUUAAUGCCGACCAGUGACGUCACUCACUACCCGAAAACCGGGUAGUGAUUUUGAUUGGUUGAUUGUCUAAACAUUCGUAUAAUUAUGUAUAAUCAUGAAAAAUUUUAGCGGGAUUGUCGCUUGAUCGCAUCCCUGGCAUUUCUUUCGUGUAGUUCAAACAUUUCGAUAAGCUUAAUCUUUAUCUUAAACAGCAAAAUUGCCCUUGUCUUCGAAACUGAAAUGCUAAAUUGAACUGCGAGGGAAGAGUCAUUACGGAGAGUCGGUAGGUUUUUCAUUUUGAGCCGCUUUGUGGUUUCGGCGGCCGGUGAUUUUGUUUACGCGAAGUUUUCUGAGAUCAAUGUGAUAAUUCGACCUUCUUGCUAUUUUCACCGUCAAGUGUAAUGAUUCUGUUAGCUUUUUUUUCUUGUUUCCUUGGUUUUUUUUUUUCGUUAAGGACCAAAUAGCUUCUUUUCAAUUAAAGCAAAUCACUGUGUUUUUGAACUAAGUGUUUCCUCUGUGUGUAUUUAUUUCAUUGCGUGAUUGCCACCGACUUUGAUUAUAGAAUUCAGUACUCUGACCGGUUCAGAGUUGUACUGCAUGCAUUUGAUAGUUUGAACGUUAAACAUGAAUUACGAUCGAAAAAAAUAAAGCAAUUCCGUAUCAUGCAGACAUUUCCAAACGAUAUUUCUCGGUUUGCGACUUGAAACUCGUGUUUUACUUUUUGCGUGAAUUUAAGCAAAGGUCAAGGAGUAGUGACGUCACUGGACGGCAUUAACGGCCGGUCGAUUCAGACGUUACUGAGGGAGUAAUAACGACUCGAAGUAAUCGGAUGAAAGUCAGGCUAGAAGUGUUUCCGAGAGUCACAAAUGGUUUUACCUUUGCUUUACAAGCCUGUUUGGUAAAUUUGAAGCUACGAUCAAAUGUAUUUAUCUGAUCGGAUGUCUUAUAAGAAUUUUGAUCGUCUCGAAACUUCCAAGUUCCCUCUUUUUUCUCAUCCGGAACUGUUCAGGCUUCCAUGAUUGGUCCGGUUGAAAGUUCUAGGAAUACCGGGGGACUAGCCUUAUCUUCCAUCAGGAAAUACUAGGGACGUUUUGCCUCUAGACCUAAAUUUUUCGAGGAGACCUUUUACAACAAUAAUCGCAAUAUCUUGGCACUGAAAUUUAAAAACAAAACCUCCAAAAGAAGAAGAAAAACUGCGAAUAUCUUAGACGAAUGGAGGGAUUAUUCAGACAGUUUUUUUAUUUAUAUUUUCUCGAGCUUUAGAAAUUCUUAGGUAAUAUUUGCUCCUUAUAGAACAGAUUUUUGACCAAUAAAAGGUCUUGGGUGUCCCUGAUAGUCCUGAUAGGGAACCACGCUGGAGUGUCCACCGAUAGCUCGACCGAUAUUUCGGUGUAUUUGGACACUACCUACGCAGUCAGACCAACGCAUGGUCUAGACUGCAGAACAUCCGUAUUUUUGCGUAUUCAAGAGGUCUCAACCGAUUUUGAGAAAAAAAAAACAACAACUGUUUUGCGGUCUACCCGUGGUCCAGUAAAUUUUGUUUCUUUCUUUCUCUUACCAGGAGCAAAUACGUCAACACAACUAAUCUUUCGUCGGUGGCUGUAAUUGAAGCUGAAUGUUUCCCACAAAAAAGGAUUCUGUUUCUUAAAACGCACAAAACUGGAUCAAGCACCAUGGCUAACAUCUUCUUUCGUUAUGGAGACGCCAGGAAUCUUACAUUUGCUCUGGGGGAUGACACCAUUCUUGGCUGGCCUGAGAAAUUUCACAUUUUCCACCCGCUCCGUAUGUUUGGCAAAGCUCCUGAUAUACUCUGCAGUCAUGCAAGAUUUAACAAGGAACCAAUGAACUGGCUUUUUCCACGAAAAACUAGCAAGUACGUUACAAUUCUCAGAAACCCUGUAGACAACUACGAGUCUGCUUUCAACUUUGCUCAACUAGGAAAAUCGUUUGGUUUGGGAGUUACGCUCGAUUCCCUGGAAAAAUUUCUAGAUAAACCAAUACAAUCUUAUAGCCAUUCUCGUAAGGAUAUCAUGAUGUAUUUGGCACGAAAUCCCAUGAUGUUUGAUUUGGGUUUGAGGUUUGAGUAUUUCCAAAAUCUCACAGCUGUUAAAGAGUACAUUCAGUUCCUAGACAAUGAAUUUGAUCUUGUCAUGAUUAUGGACUACUUUGAUGAGUCGCUGCUGUUAAUGAAGAGAUUGCUAUGUUGGAAGAUAGAGGACAUUUUGUACGUAAAGCUCAAUGAGCGACAAGACAAGGAAAAAGCUACUCUUUUAAGCGCAAGAGUUAAAGAGAAUAUAAGGCGAUGGAAUAAAGCAGACGUUUUGUUAUUUGAUUAUUUUAACGCGACGUUUUGGAGAAGAGUAAAGAAAGAAGGACCAAGCUUUUAUGAGGAACUGAGUACGUUUCGUCGGAGAAAACAGGAAAUACGGCAAUUAUGCUUGAUCGAUGGAACUCGCAUCCAAAGAGCUUAUCAUAACAAAUUUGUAAAGGGCUAUUCAGUUAGAAAUGAUCUUGAUGAAAAUUCAAAGCGCCUCUGUGAAAACUUUGUCAGAACGGAGAAUGAUUUCCUUGCAUACCUAAGGAGAAAACGUAUGGUGAAACUACGGGAAAGUGGGAUUGACAAGCUUGACAAAAUUGAAAACGAAAUUGGAUGGCAAGUGGCAAAGGAUUUGCAAUAUGAUCCUGUUCGAACGUGAAUAAUGCGUAAAAGUUUUAUUUCACCUUUAAACCAUUCUUGUCAAAGUACAGUGUGGGGCAGAAACAUGGAUUUCACAGAGCUCAUAUUCUCAUGCCGGUGCCCACACAAGAAACGCAAUCACACUACAGUUCUAUUCUCGCACUGUUUAUUUUAUAAUACUCUUUAAUUAAUUUGGCAUCACCAUCAUCAUCUCUUUAAUUUAUUUGGCAUCACGGACGCUGCUCUCGCAUGCUUCUUAUCGUAUCUAUCUAGACGUAGCCAGCGCGUGUCGGUAAAUGGAGAUAGAUCAAAUUGUUAUCCGUUGCCAUUUGGUGUUCCUCAGGGUUCGUGUCUAGGGUACCUUCUCUUCUGUGCCUAUGCCAGCAAGCUGUUCGAGGUCAUCAAGCUGUACCUACCCAACACACUCGCAUUGGCUGACGAUACUCAGCUUUAUCUUUCCUUCAACCCAGACAACUCCCUUAAUGAAGCAGAGGCAGUACAUAUUAUGGAACAGUGUAUUCCCGCCAUAAGGGCGUAGAUGCAAGCUGACAAACUGACCCUUAAUGAGAACAAGACUGAGGUCAUGUUAAUCGGAACCCGCCAACAACUUCGCAAAGUCAACCUAGAUAGUCUGAGUGUUGGUGAUACUUGUUGCUAUUGUAAACAAGGCGCGAAAUCUCGGAGUUUGGUUUGACUCGCAGCUGAAUUUUAACGUCCACAUUACAAAAGCACGUAGUCUAUUCUUUUGUUCACUAUACAAAUUUAGACGCAUUAGAAAGUACCUUUCGUACAAGAGUGCACAAACACUAAUCUUAGCACUAGUAAUUGGACGCCUAGACUACUCUAAGAGUCUGCUGUACUGCUUACCAGCCAGUUAUAUUAUUAAGUUGCAACGGUUUCAAAACGCUGCCGCAAGGCUCAUCUCCAAUACCACGCGUUGUGAUCACAUUUCUCCUCUUAUGAAAGACUUGCAUUGGCUACCAGUUCAAAACCGUAUAAUGUUUAAAUUGGUUGUAUACACAUUCAAAGCUCUACAUUGUAGUGCUCCCGCUAUAUUCAUCAAUUAAUUAGACUUAAGCCACAGUCAAAUUAUAACCUGCGAUCAAAUACAAAACACUUACUGCUCGAUCUGCCUAAAA